UGAUAUUUUGAUUGCAGCGCUCCCCUCCCCCAACACCUUCCCUUUGCAUAUGAUAUGAUAUCACCUUGUUCUGAAUGUUAUACAGGUGCUCCUGCCAUGGAACACCUGAGAAGGAAGUCCACCCUGUCCGAGCGUUUAAUCCGCACCAUUUCCUCCAUUCGUUCCCUGCCCGGUGACACCGUCGAGUCUCUGAUCCGCAAGGGAGUGGACGUCAACUGCCCCCACGACACCCUGAUGCCCCUUCACAGCGCGUGCAUGGUGUGUGACGCGGACUGCGUGGAGCUGCUGCUGGAGAAUGGAGCCCAUGUCGACGCUCUAGACGGGUACCAGCGGACAGCUCUGCAUUACGCAGCCGAGAAGGAUGAAAUGUGCGUGGAGAUCCUCCUGGAGUACGGCGCUAAUCCCAACGCCCCUGAUGGGAAUCAGGACACCCCGUUACACUGGGCCGCCUUUAAAAACAUGGCCCGCUGCGUUAAAGCCCUUCUAGAAGGUGGUGCCAAGGUCAAUGCCCGUGACUAUAACCAAGACACGCCUCUAAGCUGGGCAGUCAUUAAGGGGAAUCUUGAGAGCGUACGAUUGCUUCUUGAUUAUGGGGCACAGCCGGAUACCACCAAUCUCAAGGGGCAGUACCCUGCUGGGCGGCUUGUGUCUCUGAUGAGUCGAGGACUGGGCGGUGAGAGGGAGGACGAGUGCCUUGAGCUGUUACGAAGGGCUAGUGGGCAGCUCCGACUAAGGAGGGAAGGCGGAUUGCCCCCUGAGGCUACCCGAGAUGCCCAGCUUUGCCAGCGGCUUAUGAAACUGUGCUCGCAGCCUGGUACUCUGAAGUCCCUGGCCAGACGAGUAGUCAGGGCCAGUCUUGGAGAAUGCCUUCUGUCCCAGGUUGUCCCGGAGCUACCCAUCCCUAGGUCGGUGCAGGACUACGUACUGCUGAUCGAGUAAACGUGGUGGUCUUUUUCCCCACACCCUCUAUAAGACAACAAAAAGACUUAAACUAGCAACAGCUAGUGGCAAAUGCCAAACCGGCCCCCAGAUGGACGCCUGCAUCCGAGGACUGUUCAUGCAGAUGCAUUUGUUAAUAGCAAUUCCAUAGAUCAUAGUUCUUGGUUGCAAUCUCCUCUUCUAAAACAUUCUUUUUGCUGGUUCUCAGCUUUCCCCCCGCUUUUCAAGACAUAGCAAGUUUUGGGGGGUAACACCACUGAUCCCAGCGAGAUUUCCUCUGCUGGGGGGUAUCUGAAACCCUUUGUCUCACUGUUUUUCUCCACUCAGUUCAGUUAUUAUCUUGUCUAACAGGCUUCCUCUCUCUAUAAAUGUUUUCUAUGUGCAUUUGG